AUGUUGUGUAUUAUUAUAUUGAUAAUAGUUUUUCAUGAAACGUUAACAGAAAAAUGUCCUGGUCAAGAAUAUUCAACACCAUUUAAUUCAUCUUCUUCAAUUUUUACUAAACAAUUGAAUGUCUUUUGGUCUAUUUAUGGUAAUUGUGAAGAAAAAUUGGAUACAAAUGAUAAUUGUUUUGGAGAUAAUCCAGCUUGGAUAGAAUGGGAUGCAUUAAAGUUUAGUUGGAAUAAUCGAAAUGGAUAUCGAGAUCAUGGUAAAACAAUACUUUUUCGAUUUCCAAUUAAUGGAAUAAAUGGAACAAAAGGUGAAUUGUCUGAUGGAUUUAUUUGGUCAUGGUUAGAUUCAGAACGAUGGCCUGAUGCACGAGGAUCUCAUGGAUCUAUGGCUUCCUAUCAUUUUGAUCAAUUACCUCGAUUUGCUGCUGCUAUUUAUCAAUAUUAUGUUUGGACACAUGAUCGAAUAUUUCUUCAAUCAAUUUUAUCACGAGUUGAAUUAGUAAGGAAUUUUUUGAUUGUUAACAUGAAUGGAUCAUUGGGAAUACCAAUCAAUAUGAUUAAUGAUGAUGCAUGGAUAGCUCUAACAUUUUAUACAGCUCUUAAUAAUAUGGCUGAAUUAGAAAAUGUUCUUGAAAAUAAAAAGCAAAAAGACUUAUAUCAAUCGUUAGCUAAUAAAUUCAGCUAUAUUUUUGAUGAAACUUUUUGGAAUGAAACUACAGGAAGAUAUGUUGGGUGGAUUGAUAAAAAUGGUAAUCAGCAUGAUAAUGGUUAUGUAUUUAUUAAUCUAGAAGCACUUGCUCGUGGUUUAGGUAAUCGUACGAAAGCAGAUCGUAUUUUUGAUUGGUUAUCACAACCAGCUGAUCCAAUUCUUAUUGGUCCACAUAAUGGAAGUACUGAUGUUUAUCAUAAUAUUGUAGCUCCAAGAACUACAACAGAAAAUGUUGCUCAAUCAGAUUGGGAUGGAUGGUCAGAUCCAAAUGAAGGACGAAGACCUUAUGGUGGUCUUGUUGAAAGUGGCGGAUCAAUGAUAUGGUUAACAUACUAUGAUGUUAUGGCUCGUCUUCGUUUUAAUUAUACUGAUCAAGCUUUCAAAAUAUUGAAUAGUAUGUUAGAACGUAUUGAUAAUGAUUCUAACUGUUUAACUUUUAAUUAUGAAAAAGGACGAAUAAGAGAUGAUUUUGAAUAA